CCUAACUGUUUACUAUGUGAGAAAAAGGACUACUUUACGUGCGGCGCACAGCACGAAAUGACACGGCGCAGCCUGAUUCUGUGUAGGUCAUAUUGUGUGUGCUGGCUCCUCCAGACCACUGGCGUUUUACGUCAGAAACAGAAGCUGAUUGUGUCCAGACAUUUACAAACCUGACCAGAAGCACAAACCAAUAGCAUCCAUAAUAAUGAUUGCAAAUGACUUCUGGUCUUUCACUGCGCUCACAAAUACCAAGAAUCUGCCUGAGUCAGGAAAAGACGGCUUCAAGAGCUUUCACCAAUUUUACUUCUAUUCUAAAUGGAAACAUUUGGAACUAGUUAUUUAUAAGAAAAAGUUGAAUAUUCAGGCAACCCUUGGAGAAUACAAUGGCGCAGAUUUAUUGUGUGGCAAAUUCUACAAUACAGCCAUUACAAUGCCAGACUCCCCAGCUGAUGUGAAGACCCAGACGAGGACUACUCCGCCCAACAUGCCCCCUCCCUCACCUGCUCUGAGCCAGGGGGCUAACCGCAAUUCCUCCUUCACUCCAAGCACAAUGAUGAACGGGAGCAGCCACUCUCCCACAGCCAUCAAUGGAGCACCUUCUACCCCCAAUGGUUUCAGUAAUGGACCAUCAGCAUCAUCAUCUGCCGCUUUAACCAAUCAACAGUUACCCCCGGCCUGUGGAGCACGUCAGCUGAGCAAACUCAAGCGCUUCCUGACUACCUUACAGCAGUUUGGCAGCGACAUAUCACCAGAGAUUGGGGAACGUGUGCGUGCACUGGUGCUCGGGCUUGUGAAUUCUACACUCACAAUCGAGGAGUUUCAUUCAAAGCUACAAGAGGCUACCAACUUUCCCCUUCGUCCAUUUGUCAUCCCCUUCCUUAAGGCUAACCUGCCAUUACUGCAGCGGGAACUUCUUCACUGUGCUCGCCUGGCAAAGCAAAGUCCUGCACAGUAUUUAGCACAACAUGAACAGCUCCUUCUUGACACCAGUGUCAGCAGCUCUCCAAGUGAUUCUUCUGAGAUCUUAUUGGAAGUGAAUGAGAACGGCAAAAGGAGGACACCUGACAGGACCAAAGAGAACAUACAGGAAGGUCUCCAUCUGGAUCCUCUUCCCAAGCGUCCAUGCACCACAAGUCCAGCACAGAGAUAUAGUCCCAGUAAUGGACUUCUUCACCCACCUACCAAUGGUCUCCCACACCCCACUCCUCCACCUACCCAGCACUAUCGAUUAGAGGAUAUGGUGCUAGCCCAUCACUACCGACAUACAGAUCCACGUGAGAUGAGAGAACGUCAACGACAGGCAGCUGUGCACGAAGUAAUUGAUCAUAGGCUGACGGAACGUGAGUGGGCGGAGGAAUGGAAACAUCUUAACAACCUGUUAAACUGCAUCAUGGAUAUGGUGGAAAAGACGCGGCGUUCACUGACCGUCCUCCGCCGGUGCCAAGAAGCAGACAGAGAAGAGCUUAACCACUGGAUACGGCGCUACAGUGAUGCGGAGGACUUAAAAAAGAAUGUCAGCUCUGUGGCUCAGCCGGGGAGACACCUCAACAGUUCCUCUAGCACCGAGUCUUCCCCAGCAGAACCAUCACGGGAAUUCCUACAUAGGCCGCCAGCCGGGUAUAUGCCAGAAGAGAUUUGGAGGAAGGCAGAGGAGGCAGUGAACGAAGUCAAACGCCAGGCCAUGUCAGAGUUGCAGAAAGCUGUAUCCGAAGCAGAACGGAAGGCUCACGACCUCAUCACUGUAGAGAGAGCCAAGAUGGAGCGAGCACUGGUGGAAGCAAAGCGCCAAGCAUCAGAGGAUGCAGUGUCCGUCAUCAAUCAGCAGGAAGACUCAAGUGAGAGUUGUUGGAAUUGUGGCCGGAAAGCAAGUGAGACCUGCAGUGGCUGCAACACGGCACGGUAUUGUGGUUCCUUCUGCCAACACAAAGACUGGGAGAAACACCAUCAUGUCUGCGGCCAAUCCUUGCACCAUUCACCCAGUGUACAGCCAGCACCAACCACCCUAGCCACACCUGCGGCCAGUCCCAGUACAAGCAGUUCAGCCUCUCGCUCUGGGACCCCUGCCACACCUCUCCUGCUGGAUACUGCUUCUCGCUAAUGGAUACAACAUUAUCGGCAAACACAGACCAGCCACGUGGCUAGCGGCACCCAACAGGUGCACCAAGGGGCUCUUGAUAAAUUCUGUGAACACAUUGGUGCCCCCUGAUGCCUCUGCCUCUGGGUGGGUUACAAUCUGUGUCAGUGUGGUAUGGAAUUGAGCUUGAAGUUAACCCUUGAGAAACCCCACCUAUCCUGUUUUUGCAGGAUAAUAAAACCCCUUUAAGGGGGGCAGACUUAGAACAUGAUGGGGUACGGGAAUUAUUUUACCUAAAACUACACUCAAAUCUUUGGCUUUAAACCUAAUUGAAAUCCAAAAAAACAACACAGAUAUACAAAUGAAACUACCUUGCUAGACAGCCAAGAAAUGUCAAACACCAAGAACACCUCUUAAAAAGAAACCCAAAAAUGAAACCCUUAUCCAAACAUUACCAGCCCUGCCAAAGUCUGGUCCAUCAUGGCGAGAGGAGCGGAGGGAGUCACUAGCGGAGAACAGAUGCCUAUUGCUUCCCUGGAGUUCUGCUGGGUGUGCAGAAUUUCAGGUUCAAAGUGACUUUCCAACGAAGAUUCUUCCCUGGAGGCCCCACCAUCGCUGCACUUGGAUCUUCCUCCUCUACCUCUCCUCUAGUACAUUGUCUCUCGUGUUGCUCAGCUGUCCAGGAGACUUUCUUGUCCAGCUCUUGGAUUGUCUGAGAGGGAAAAAGACGCCUAGAGACAUGUCUUCUGUCCUCUUCAGACAGACAUUGAGAUCUUGUGUAUAAGUGUCUCUCCUACACCCCAGUUCUGCUCGUUUCUGUGUCAAGUGUGGAGAUUCACUGAAUGGAAUAUUUAAUGGAUUGUUGCAGCUAAAAUGUCAUUUGGGACUGUUGGGAAGUGAACACAGGACCAUCCCCAUCCUGGUUCACAGACUUAAGCCUACAAUGGGGAAACGUGUACAGUUUUUUUUAUUUUCUAUUUAUAAAAGCAACGCAGAAGAAUUCCCAUGUAGGGGACAUGAGUGCAAUAUGAAAGUGCAAGGCUACUGAUGGACAGGGAGUCCGCUGCAAAUUUAUAUAUUUGUAAAAAAAAAAUAAUAAUAAUAAAAAAGGAUGGGCAACAGAUUAGAUCAACACAAAAAGUACAGUAGCAGAUAUUUAAAGAAGCAUCCAGUGUAUUCUGCAAACAAAAUUGUACUCUAAUUUACAAUACAAUUACUUAAAGGGGUACUCCCGUGGAAAACUUUUUUUUUUUUUUUUUUUAAAUCAA